UCUACAAACUUGCGGAUGCCUUUCCAGUACUCAUAAUCGACUUGCAGACCACCAGAUGCGUCACCCAAAUUAUCAGUGGAGAUUCGGGCAUCUUUCGAGCUCGGUCGAAUGUUAGGCCGUGGAGAACUCAUUGGAAAGCUUGAAAUGUCGUUGGAUGGGCUGCUCGAUCAUGGUGACGAGCCUUUCGAUCUGUCCUUUCCGCCCAUUCGAGGUGUCUGCCCUUCUCUCACGCUGAAAGCCGCCCCUGUGCAAGCUUGCGCAAACGACGACAGUGCAAUGUUUGAUUCCGUUGAUGACUGCAGGAUUGCUCGAGACACAGAUGCGGGCCACACACGAUUAUCCGAGUACAUGAGGGGCAGGAGUGAGGUUCAUAUCCUGGAUGAUGCUAUGAACCAUUUUGAGUUGGUCCUGGACCAAUGUCCAGUCGACCAUCCCGACCACGCAGCAGCUCUCACAAACCUCGCGUGGGCCCGCCUCCAAGGCUAUAUCCACAAAGAUCUUCGGGGCAUCUACAUUGCUACCUCUCUGUUCCGUGAUGCCCUUGCAUUGCGUCCUCAGGGCCACCCUGAUCGUCCCAUCUCUCUCUAUCAUCUCAUCGAAGCAUUGAUUUGGCGCUACAGCUACCACGCCACCACCGUCGAUAUUUAUAAAUCCGCUCAUCUCUGUCAUGAGCUACUGCCUCUCUGUUCCGACGACGCCUAUCUUCGUAGCAUCGCGAUCGGCAAAAAUGGUGUCGAUUAUGUGAUCCGAGCAUGCAACAAUCUUCCCACGGAUGCAUCCGAUGAAGGCAUCCGCCUUCGACUAAUCGUUCUCGAGCUCUGCCCCUUUGGAAAUCAACACAAUCCCACCGCCCUCGACAAGCUUGCAAAGGCACUAAAAGCACGCUUUCGACAAUGCGCCAGCAUUGAUGAUUUAGACCAGAACAUACAACUUGGUCGUGACAUUAUUUCUGUAUGCCCCAAGGAAUACCCUAACCGUGUCGCCUACUUGAUAAACUUGGCCGAAUCACUCAAUCGCCGCUUCGAUUACCAACGCAAAUCUCAUGACCUCGAUGAGGUCAUAUUUCUCUACGAAGAAGCGCUACCCCUGCGUCCUGUUGGGCACGAAUAUCAUGAUGCGUCAUUGGACGGUUUGGGGCGCGCCCUCCUCACCCGUUUCCAUGAAUGCAGUGGCAUCGAUGACAUAAACAGAGCUACCGGCCUCUUUCGCAAGGCACUGGCGGCGUGCCCACCUGGGCGUCCAAAUCGUGACACCAGGCUUAACAACCUUGCCGCCGCGCUCAUAACCAGACAUGAUAAAUUGCAUGCCAGCGAUGACCUUGACGAGGCCAUCGACCUGUGCCGCAAAUCGCUUUGCUUACUAAAGCAGGAUGAUCAUCCAGAGCGACAUAGAAAUCUAUUCAAUUUGAGCAUGGCACUCUGCUCUCGGUUCAAUCAAACACGGAAGAACGAAGAUGUUCAGGAAGCCAUUGGUCUCUGCCAACAAUCAUUGUUAGCUUUGCACCCACUGCACCCGGACCGGUAUUUCAGCUACAAAUGGCUGAAGGAGGCCUAUCUGUCUCGUCAUCGGAUUCUACCCAACACUGCUGAUUUGUCACUUGCAAUGAACAACUUCAGACUCGCGUCAAAACAUUCCACUCAGGGAUUUCCAGAACGCAUCAAGGAGGCUAUCCAGUGGGCUCGCCAAGCAGAAGUGUAUGGACAUGAAUCUGCCCUUGAAGCAUACCAAACAUCCCUGGACCUUUUUGACAACUAUGUGACGACGCGAUCUUCAAUUACCUUGAGGCGCGAUGUUGCAACCAUCCUUGACGGUUCACAAUCCCUAUCAGUGGAUGCGGCAUCAUGCGCCGUUCGUUGUAAUGAUAUGCAACGAGCGGUUGAACUUGAGGAGCAGGGCCGCGACCAACACUGGUCGCUAGCCUCUCGACUCAGGACUCCGAUGGACGACCUCAAGUCCACCAGUCUCCCACUGGCUCACAAACUCUCAGAGAUCAGCAAGUGCAUAUCUGAUGCUCAGAGUUCUGCAGGCAGUGCAGACCGGGCUGCUGCUGAUCGGGCAGCAAUAGCGUACAGGAGACUUACGACGCAAUGGGAAGCUGUAGUGGCUGAAAUCCGCAAACUCCAAGGUUUCUCGCGGUUCCUGCUCCCACCGUUGUAUGAAGAUUUGCAAGUAGCAGCGCGCCACGGCCCAGUUAUCAUUCUCAUUGCCAGCAAUUACUCGUGCAACGCCAUCAUCGUCCCAACGUCAGGGGAUCCCCGCCAUGUUCCCUUCCCGUCUCUCGAUCUGACGUAUCUGGAGGUGCUUAAGAGCGACUUCGCGAAAGCGAUACGGAACACGGCUCGCAUGGGCCCAAAGGAGCCAAGGACAGAGCUGAUAGCACUGUUGCGCAAGAUAUGGGACGAGGUCAUGCUGCCCAUUGUCAACGUACUCCAGCAUGAUCUGAAACUGCCGAGUUGGUCUCGAAUUUGGCUGUGUCCGACGGCAGCCUUCACAUCCAUUCCUCUUCACGCAGCUAACCCAUUUCGAAUGAAGGCAGAUGGCUCUGAGCGGGAACUAUGCCUAGAAGAUCUCUACAUCUGUUCCUACACUCCAACGCUUUCUGCUCUGAUCAGAGCUCGACAAACGACGAUGACACGUGUCACUCCGUCCUUCGCGGUGAUCGGACAAGGUCGGCCUGGCGCGGGGCAAGGCACGGUCCUCGCUGCUGUAGAUGACGAGCUUGAGCUAGUCCAUAAACUCGUCCCUCCCAACAUCAAAUUCACCAAUCUUUCUAGCGAUGAGGCUACACGGGCAGGUGCACUCGAUGCCCUGCGAUGCAACACUUGGGUGCACCUCGCUUGCCACGGCAAGCAGGACUGCGAACAUCCCUCCAACUCACGCUUCGCCAUGAGAGAUAAACCUCUCACGCUGCUUGACAUCACGGAGAACAAUGCACCGCAAGCCGAAUUCGCAUUUUUAUCGGCGUGUCAUACCGCCCGUGGCAACAAGAUGACCGACGAGGUCAUUCAUCUCGCAGCUGGUUUGCAAUUUUCGGGGUUCAAAAGCGUCGUUGGCACUCUUUGGGAUGUCAAUGACGCUGUUGUUAAACAUGCUGUUGAAGCUUUCUAUGAGAUUAUGUUCCAGGACUUGGAGGAGGGUGUCAUGGACUGUACAAAGGCGGCCUGGGCACUCAACAAGGCUAUUUACGCAGUGACAAAGACAGUGCCGCUCGAGCAGAGAAUCGCUUUUAUUCAUAUUGGUGUAUAAUUCUAUGUCGGAGUAUCACUUUCAUCAGUGGUACGGUUUUGGAUUAUCUCGAACUCUUUCUGCGGUGGACUUCAAGUUGUUAUUGUACUAUAAAUUACCCCUAUACUGUUGGUGCGUUAACUUGCCUCUUG